ACUUUAACGGGAAAAAAGCUAAGGUGGCGGGCCUGUGUUGUAUGCAAAUUGAAAUUAAUUUAUUCGGCUAUCAUGCUGACGAAAUAGCCAUUUAAUUGGCCAGCGGAAGAGGCAACGUAUUCGAAUCUCGACUCAUGAUGCAAAUCAAGCGCCUCCUGUGCAAGUCCUGUGGAUUGGGCACUCUGCUAGUGGCGGCCGUUUGGCUGCUGGCACUCCUUUUCUACUCGCACAGUUUGCGGAGCUCCAUUCGCUCGGCGGGAUGGAGGAUCAACGAAGGGAACGCCACUCCACGGGCUGAGUUGAGCUUUCAGGCAAGGGUAACCGUCGGAUGCACACCGAACGCCUCAAAGAAUUCGACGGCAAACAGGGAAUCCCCGGGAGAACCGAAUCAACCGAAUGAUCCCGAGCAACUGGAACUUCUGGGCGUGGUGCGCAACAAACAGGACAAGUAUAUCCGGGACAUAGGCUACAAGCACCACGCCUUCAAUGCCCUAGUGUCGAAUAACAUAGGACUCUACCGGCAGAUUCCUGACACCCGGCACAAAGUUUGCGAUCGUCAGGAGACCUCGCAAUCGGAGAACCUGCCCCAAGCCUCGAUAGUCAUGUGUUUCUACAACGAGCACAAGAUGACCCUGAUGCGGUCUAUCAAAACUGUGUUGGAGCGCACGCCCAGUUACCUUCUGCGAGAGAUUGUCCUGGUGGACGAUCACAGUGAUUUACCUGAACUGGAGUUCCAUUUGCACGGGGACCUGCGUGCCCGCCUCAAGUACGACAAUUUGCGAUACAUCAAAAACGAACAGCGCGAGGGACUUAUACGUUCGAGAGUGAUUGGAGCCCGAGAGGCUGUCGGCGAUGUCCUUGUCUUUUUGGACUCGCACAUCGAGGUUAAUCAGCAGUGGCUAGAGCCUCUACUUCGUCUCAUCCAGGCGGAAAACUCCACGCUAGCAGUGCCCGUCAUCGAUUUGAUCAACGCCGACACCUUUGAGUACACGCCGAGUCCUCUGGUGCGUGGAGGCUUCAACUGGGGCCUGCACUUCAGGUGGGAAAAUCUUCCCGAAGGAACGCUCAAAGUGGCGGAGGACUUUCGUGGACCCUUCCGCUCGCCCACAAUGGCUGGCGGUCUGUUUGCGGUGAACAGGAAGUACUUCCAGCACCUGGGCGAGUACGACAUGGCCAUGGAUAUUUGGGGAGGCGAGAAUAUAGAGAUAUCCUUCAGAGCCUGGCAGUGUGGAGGCGCCAUCAAGAUUGUCCCGUGUUCCCGCGUGGGACACAUAUUUCGAAAGCGUCGUCCGUACACCUCGCCAGAUGGAGCCAACACCAUGCUGAAGAACUCGCUGCGAUUGGCUCACGUUUGGAUGGAUCAGUACAAGGACUAUUACCUCAAGCACGAGAAGGUGCCCAGGACGUUUGACUACGGCGACAUUAGCGACCGUCUGAAGCUAAGGGAACGGCUGCAGUGCCGGGAUUUCGCCUGGUACCUAAAAAACGUUUAUCCGGAGUUGCAUGUACCUGGCGAGGAGUCCAAAAAGUCAGUGGCAGCGCCCAUGUUUCAGCCUUGGCACUCGCGAAAGAGGAACUACGUGGACACCUUCCAACUGCGCCUGGUGGAUACGGAACUCUGCGCCGCCGUGGUGGCUCCCAAGGUGAAGGGUUUCUGGAAGAAGGGCAGCUCCCUGCAACUGCAACCCUGCCAAAGGACACCCAACCAGUUGUGGUACGAGACAGAGAAAGCGGAGAUUGUGCUGGACAAGUUGCUUUGUUUGGAGGCCUCCGGUGAUGCCCUGGUCACAGUGAACAAGUGCCACGAGAUGCUGGGUGACCAACAGUGGCGGCACGCUCGCAAAUUCAACAGUCCCGUGUACAACAUGGCCAAGGGCACUUGUCUACGGGCUGCUGCUCCUGCGGAGGGAGCCCGUCUCAGCUUGGACUUGUGUUCCAAGGCGAACGGAGCUGGUGGAGCGUGGGACAUUGUGCAGCUUAAGAAGACGACGAAGGACGAGGAGGAGGACAAGGUCAAGGAUGCGAAGAAGGCGGACAAAGCGCUGUGAGCGGGUUGCCCUGCUGGCGUACUGCAAUAUUAGACUGAUAACUGUUUAGGGCGAAAGUGUAUUAUGUUUAAAUAGCCAGUAUUUUUUCACAACAUUUUUUUAAUAAAUAUAGAAAACAAAAUUUUA